GACCCGGCACGUGGUUUGGGUCUUUUUCUUUGGCGAGCCGUGGCGAGAACCGAGCGAUAUGGGUCGUUCGGGCAAGUUGCGCUCCGGUACAGCCGGUAAACUUAAGCGUUGGCGCAAAGGGCACAGCAGCGAUAGCAAUCCGGAGGGACGACGUUACCGCCUGGCCGCCCGUGGUCGUCUCCUCGCCCCCCGGUCAGAAAACAGUAACCUGACUGUAGAUGCCCUGAAAUUACAUAAUGAACUGCAGUCAUCAGGACCUCUGCCUAGAGAGAAUACAAAGUCUUUUGUGGUGGAAGAUAACAGUGAAUCUGCUAAGACUCACAAAUCAUCUGCAACUUUCCUGAGUGGCUUGACUGACUGUACUAAUCUCACCUUCAGCAGAGUGCAGCGUCUUUGGGAAUCCAAUUCUGCUGCUCAUAAGGAGAUAUGUGCAGUAUUGGCUGCAGCCACAGAGGUAAUCCGAACACAGGGUGGUACAGAAAGUGAGACAGAAUAUUUUGGUGUGUUGAUGACUACUCUGGAAGCUGUGGAGUCUCCCGAAUCCUUGGCUGCUGUUGCAUAUCUGUUAAGUUUAGUGCUGAAGCGGGUACCCAGCCCUGUGCUGAUCAAAAAGUUCUCCGAUGUUUCCAAGGCUUUUAUGGAAAUUCUAGGCUCACAAGCUUGUGGAGACUCUACUUUGGCUCUACGAUGGGUCCUCUCCUGCCUUGCUACAUUGCUACGAAGACAAAAUCUGUUAACAUGGAAUUACCCUGUGACAAUGCAAGUUUUCCAUGGUAUUCUCAGCUUCACUGUCCAUGUCAAGCCCAAGGUCCGCAAGGCUGCUCAGCAUGGUGUCUGCUCUAUCCUCAGGGGUAGUGAGUUCCUAUUUGGAGACGGAGCUCCUCCACAUCACCCAGCUGCAAUUUCUACUGCUAAGUUCUGCAUUCAAGAAAUUGAGAAAUCUGGAGGUGCUAAGGAGGCCACAACAACUUUGCACAUGCUGACUCUGCUGCGUGAUUUAUUGCCCUAUUUUCCUGCUCCAGCUGUCAAAUCUUGCUGUGAAACCUUGCUUCGAGUUAUGACCCUCAGCCAUGUACUAGUGACAGCAUGUGCUAUGAAAGCUUUUCAUAGCCUCUUCGCUGCCCAGUCAUCUCCAAUGUGUUUGCCAGCUGAACUUAAUGCCCAGAUUAUCAUGGCUCUUUAUGACUAUGUACCCAAUGAGAAUGACUUGCAGCCUCUGUUGGCCUGGCUGGCUGUCAUGGAACGUGCACAUGUUAACCUUGCAAAGCUGCAGUGGGAUCUGUGCUUAGCUCAUCUUCCCCGUCUCUUCAGCGUAGCUAUGAACUGUUUCCUGUCUCCUCACAGCCAGGUGGUGGAUGCUGCCGCCCAGACCCUAAUGGUUUUGCUCAAUGAAUGUGUGGCCCCUCUUGUGACAGAACUAGGACUUGUUUCAUCUGCAACUCCCUCUGGAUCCGCUGUUCACAUUUGCAAGAUGUUCAGAGCGGUGGAAGAAGGUCUGACAUACCAGUACCACGCAGCUUGGGCCUCGGUGUUGCAAGUGUUGAGGGUUUUCUUUAAGGCAUGUGGGCAGCAGUGUCAUCCUAUAAUGCAAAAGUGUCUGCAGUCCCUAGCUGAUCUGCGCAGUUCCUCGCACUUUCCCCACUCUGUGUUGCUUGAUCAGACUCUGGGAGCCGCAGUGGCCACUAUGGGCCCUGAGGUAGUGCUGGAGGCUGUUCCCCUAGAUAUUGAUGGCACAGAGGAGACAUUGGACUUUCCUCACAGUUGGCUCCUUCCUGUGCUCCGAGACCACAUCCAAAGUGCACCACUUGCCUUUUUCUCCAGUCAUUUCCUGCCACUUGCCACUUCUUUAAAAAACAGAGCCACCGAGCUUGCCCAGGCAGGUCAGGACCUAGAAGCUAAGAUCUACAAUACACUCCAGUGGCAAAUCUGGACCUUGCUGCCAAGUUUCUGUAACCAUGCUACAGAUGUGGUUCUCUCAUUCAAAGGACUGGCACGCACUCUAGGCACGGCCAUUAAUGACUGUUCUGAACUGCGGCAGAUAGUGUGCCAAGCUUUGCGCAGGCUAAUUAAUAAGGGCUGCCAAACAGAGGCUGAGCGUGCUGAGGUUGGACGCUUUGCAAAGAACUUUCUGCCCAUCAUGUUCAAUGUAUACAGCCAAGAGGGUGAUGAUAGUGAGAGCUUAGUGCACCGGCGCUCUUUGUUGGACACCAUCCGGGCUUACUUGACAGUUACUGAAGCAGGGAUGGUAAAUUCCUUCCUGGAGAAAGCUUGUGAGAAAUUGACCAGUUCUGAUAGUUCAGAAUUCACUAGGCUUUCCAUUUUGGAUUUAGUGGUGGCGAUGGCUCCCUAUGCUGAUGAAUCAUCUCUGCAUGCUCUGUAUGGCAGCAUCCACUCUUCCCUGCAAAACAAAGAUCAUAGAAUACAGAAAAAGAUUUAUCGGGUGCUAGAGGAAGUGUGUGCCUCUGACCAACCUGCGUGUCGUAAUUUUGUACAAAGUCAUUUGGAGGAACUGAAGAGUGCUCUGUUGGACUCCCUAACCUGUGCAACGUCACCUGCUAAGAGACCCCGGCUGAAGUGCCUCUUCCAUGUUAUCAAACAGCUGACAGUGGAACAUGAAGAUUUUGUCACAGCCCUGGUGCCAGAGGUGAUCCUCUGCACCAAAGAAGUUUCCGUGGGUGCCCGCAAAAAUGCUUAUAAUCUGCUGGUAGAAAUUGGUCACACCUUUAUACGCUUUGGGGUCACUCCAAAUGAGGGAAUACAGCGUUAUCUCCUCCUGAUCUAUGCUGGCUUAACUGGCUCUGUCACUAUGAUCAGCUGCACUGUGCUUGCUCUUACCCGUCUACUCUAUGAGUUCAAAGAAAAUAUUGGGUCAGAUGCUCUGGAGCAGCUGGUGAAACAUGUUUGCCUCAUGGUAGGCUCGCGAACUCGGGAUGUUGUCAAAUCAGCUCUGGGAUUCCUUAAGGUGACAGUGCUGCUCUUGGACACAACAUUGCUGGGUCGGCACUUGGAGACUAUGUUAGAAGCCAUUGGAGGAUUGACAGAUGACAUGAGGCGCCACUUCCGUAUGAAGCUGCGAAAUCUCCUUUCCAAAUUGAUCCGGAAAUUUGGGUUUGAACCCUUGCAGGCUCUGCUUCCUGAAUCCUAUCGCAAAGUACUGCUUAAUAUCCGUAAGGCAGAAUCAAGGAACCGCAAGCGACAAGCUGUGAAAAGGGCUGCAGCCACUUCUGCAGAAGAAGAAAGAACUUUAGCACCACCUAAGGGAGACAGCAUUGAGGAUAUCUUGGCAGACUCAGAUUCUGAUCUAGAAGAUGAGACAGAGAAACAAAAAGGAAGAGCAACCAGGAAAGUGCUAAGGCAACAAAAUCAAGCUUGGCUUAAGGAGGGAGAAAGUGAUGAGCCUCUCAACUUCUUGGAUCCAAAUGUGGCACACAGGGUUUUAGCUACCAGGCCAGGCACUGCCCAAACUGGAAAAGUUAAACAUGAUUUCAACUUAUCAGCUGAUGGUCGCUUAAUCAUAUGCGAAGAGGAAGAACAACCUACAGGGCUGAAUGAGGAGUCAGCAGAUUUAAUGCAGGAAGUUGGAAUCAAGAAUAAGAAAGCUCGGAAACGUCGCUUUCGGGAAGAGGCAGAUGAUGAAGGCCUUCCUGCUGAUUCACAGCCACAAUACAAAGCGGGAGGCAAAGGAAUUCAUCGGCCUGUUAGCAAGAAGGCAGCACCUGGGGCAGAAUACAAAGCAAAGAAAGGCAAAGGUGACAUCAAGAAAAAGGGUGGGCUGGAUCCUUAUGCAUACAUCCCACUGAACCGAGCAAAACUAAACAGGAGGAAAAAAGCCAAACUUCAAGGACAGUACACGAAUUUGAUGAAGGGGGCUCAGCGUGGUGCCCAAGCAGGCAAGAGACUCUUCAAAAAGCAGACCCAUACCUGAAGGAGAAAAGGCCAUGCAGAAUUGAUCUGGAAAUCAGUUCUUUUAGGUCACUGGACUGUGGAUCUGGUUGCUGCUAUUCCACUCACUGAGUUAUUUCUAAAAAAAAUGGAAUGUGGUCAUUAUUGCUGCAUAUUGGCAAUACCUAUUGUUUUCAGCAAAAAGAAUAGUAAAAAAUGCAUACAUCCUCCAAUUUUUAUUUAUGGACCCUUGUAAUAGGGGCUUUCUUACCAGUUAUUCUAGUUUCUUUCACAGCUUAUGAGCAGUGUGAGCAAAUCUAGAACUUUGGGUUAGAGACUGAUUAUUGCUUCCUAAUGAACACUUGAGCAAUACAUAAUAUAAUAAAUUAUGUUUCUUUAGUAUAAUAUAGGCACUGGUCUGUGAAACCUUUUUUCCUGUCUAUUUUCUUUCAGUAUUUGAAGCAACUUGCUAUUUUUGUUUGGUAACUACUACAAAUUCUCCAAGAAGUCUGGAUUUAUUUGGUAGUAGGUAAGAACAGAGGCAAAGUUAAUUAAAAACAAAAGAAUUAUUUCCAAGGAGAACUUGAGAGUUGUGAUCUUAGCUUCUGAAUAAAAUGUUGUCGCUUGGUACUUUUACUGCUACUAUCAGACUAGACUAAUUGGAAAACUCUGGUCAUAGCCCCAGAUCUGAGAAUAAGUACUGUCAUGUGGAAAGCUAACUUCUACAACCAAAUGUGUGAUUUAGGUUUUGCACACAUUUUCUGAUUUGCUCUAUACAAGAAUU